GUACAUUAAGUCUGUUUUCAAUUCAUUGAGUGCUGCGCAAUUUCCAAUUUCGCUCCUCCUAUGGGAAACCUACAUCUGCUCUGUGUCAUUGGUGGGCUGGUUCUUGGUGGGACGUCCUCCAGUCUGUGUGGGUCUAGCCCUUCACAGGAAACAGAUGGUUGCCCCCCUCCAUUCGAGGACGUCUUCGGUCGAUGUCUCUAUUUUGCUGAGCUGACAAGUACCUGGAAUGUCAUGAGGCUCUACUGUCAGGACUUAGGAGGUGAUUUAAUGAAGGUGGACAGCGCCGAUUUCUUGUACGACCUGAUUCAACUCCUCGAAGAUAAAGAACUCGUGACAGACCACUUCUGGCUGGGUGGCAACGACAGGGAAAAGGAGGGAGAGUGGAAGUGGACGGACGGGACCCUGGUGAAGAUGGGGUCUCCCUUCUGGGGCAUCAGCUGCAACGCCGACACCGUCAGCAGGGAACCCCAGGGCGGAGAGGCGCAGAACUGCAUGACUUUCCAGCGUCGAUUCUUCUUCCUCUUCCACGACUCUGACUGCGCUGAGAGUCACUCUGCCAUUUGCGAAUACGAAAUCAAAUAAUGACCUGACAGUCUCAGCUCUCCCUGUUUUGUGCCGUCUGUUAGCACGUUAUCGAUGGUCUAAUAUUGGUAUCCUCAGUUAUUUGUGAUCUACUUAGUUGUGCUUUACUGUUAGAAUUGUCUCUGCUCUACUGUUUAUAUUGUCAGUUGUGACCUACAUAGUUCUGCUCUACUUUUGGUACUGUCAGUUACUUGUGAUUACUUUGAUGUUAACAACUGUUGGUAACUUGGUAUUGUCAGUAGUUGUGACCUACUUCGUGAAGAAAUGUUAAUUUUUACUCCCUUUUUUGUUAUAUAAAAAUCUUAGUUUGUGGAAUCUUAUUGUUUAAGUUUAUGGUCAUUUUAUUUCUUCCAUAAGAAGAAAUAAUUAAAAUAUAUAAUGAUAAAUGAGACGAUAAUGCAGUGGAGCUAAAAUUUAGGAAGCUUAGUUUUUCAUUUACUAUCAAUAACAAAAUUAAUAAGAGGAAGGAGAAGUAUUUCUUUGUGUUCACACAUCUCGAGUAACCUUAAGAUUCCCAAAUAAACACGUACGAAAGCACUUGGUACAGCAAUACCGAA